GCAUUCGGACAAGAUUUUAAUUGCGAUAUUGAAGGUGAAUAGAUUAGUCACUAGUAUCAGUUGUGAGCGGUGUCCUCGCGUCGCGUGACGUGUCCGCUAAACUACGAGAUAUCGUGAUUGUUUUAAUAAAACUGCAUUUCUUUUCUCACUUUUGUUUUGUGUCAUGGCAAAAGAUAAAAAAUGGCAGCUGCUAUUGGAUUUGUUCGUGAUAGCGUGCGUGUGCGUACCGCUACUGGCGUUAACGCAAUGGGCCUACCCAUUCGAGCGUGGUUUCUUCGUCCAUGAUGACUCCAUACGGCUGCCUUUCAUGCAGCAGAGCGUCACAGAAGUUGCUCUAGGUCUCGUCGGCUUCGCACUGAAUAUAGCUACAAUAUUGAUAAUCGAGUACCUACAAAACCGGAGGGAAAAGAACCCCAACCAAAAGUACCUCUUCGGUUUCACGGUACCAGCGUGGGUGUGGCAGAGCUACAGCACUAUAAGAACGUUCACAUUUGGCGCCGGGUGUCAACAGCUAUUGGCCAAUCUGACGAAAUAUGUCGUCGGGAGACUAAGACCACACUUCAUGGAUGUAUGCCGACCGGAAUACAACGAGACGUCGUCAGCGAACGCACUGGGCUACAUCAAGGUGUACACUUGCGCCACCCGGCUCGAUCCCGCCUACCAAUCUUACCUCAAAGACAUGCGGUUAUCCUUCUUCAGCGCUCACUCCAGCUUCGCUAUGUAUGCGGCGGUGUUUUUCAUUGUUUACAUCCAAUUCAAAGGCAGAUGGCGCGGCUCUAAGCUGCUUCGCCACGCUGUCCAAUUCUUCGCAUUGAUGGGAGCCUGGUAUGUGGGGAUGACGCGCGUGGUGGAGAACUUCCACCACUGGAGCGACGUCGGCGUGGGUUUUAUCAACGGCGCCAUUUUUGGAUUUUUGGUGGUGAUCUACAUCCUGAAGCCCACCACACGCCUGCCCAUGACCUGGCAGGACGCGCCGGCGAGCGCGCUCCCGGUGGCGCGGUGACGCCCGCGGCGCCAGCGGUUCAGACUUCUGGUCGUGCUGCAGUUCAUACUGAUGACGAUACUUAAUAAAUGAUAGUGUGUUAGUUCGUCAAUUCGUGUCAAAUAUGACUUUUUGUAGCUUGUGACAACUGUAUAGUCUAUCGCCAGAUAUCUGCCAAAAGCUUUGUGAAUCGAUUUAUACUGUCCGGCAGUGUUAACAGCCAACAUUUGUUUUGCAAGACACCUACCAUACCCAUCUACAAAUACAGUUAUGGCAAGUGUUCGCGAAAAGCAAUGUAUGACUCCUUUUUCACGGGAUUUAUAUCGAAUAUGUAGUUGUCUAGCGUGAAAGUAGUCAAUCGCUGUAUAACAGUUUUGAAUGAUUCUCGGUUAGUUUCACUAUAGACUUAAAUCGACCGGGAUAUAAACCAUGAUUCAAAAACAAUAUAAAAGGUAAUUACGGUUUAUAUUCCGGAUCCCGGUCGAUUUAAGUCAAUCGCUGUAUGAUCUUCUGCUUUCUUUCGCCGCAGAAUAACUGCCAAAAACUAUGAAAAUGAGAAUCGAUUCAUGUCAAAAUAGCAUUAAUUAACUACUACGCCCAUGACACGUAAUAUUAGUUGCAUAUAGUGUCGGAAACAUGUGAAUAUAUAUUAUGAAACAUGACAAGGACACUAAUUAGUAUCAUCUUUGUUUAUUUAAUCUUUAUUAAUCAACAAACGCAAUCGUUGAAAGUUUAUUUAAGUAUUGUCUCCAGGUAUUAUUUAACCAUGAAUGUUUGAACGCUCUGGCGCCUAACGAAAAACCGCCUAUUCCACCUAUCCCUACUGCGAUAUCCCCACCAGUGUGGACAUAUGGAAUAUUUUUCCAUUUAGUUCUACUGGUAGGGAUACAUGGAAUCGAGUUGUCCAUCUGUCCCUCCCAGUUUUUAAUGGUAGAGCAAGAUGGAAUUUAUUCCAUUUAUCCCAAUCACUUUCCCC